UUACUGCCGAUAAAAAUUCAACAACGUCACCCAUAAGAUCUUAUGGAUUCGACGUAUUACACGAUGCAAUUGUAAACAAACAAAAUUUUCUGCCGACAUUAGUUCAACGUCUUGCGUCGGCUGAUUACGUCCUGUGCUCAAAUAGUUUGUGCUUAAUAAACGCUCUGAUGAGACACAUCACGGAUCAAUAUUGGGAAUCCUUUAUGGACUUGUUGGAUAAAUUGAAUGUUAGGAAGGCUGUAGCGCUUUUGAUGAAUGGAGUCCAUGGAGAUGAAUUAUCAAAACAUUUAUUGGAAUUCCAAUCAUUAUUCGUUCGCCAAGCAUACCGACGGAAAAGAACUCAAGUAUCCUUACACAUCCCACUGCACAAAACAAUGUUGGAGGAAAUGUGGACGUCGGCUAAUUUACCCGAGGAAGAUGGAAAAUGGCGUAAAAUUGGUUUUUCGACCGAAGCUCCUAAAUGGGAAAUUCAAAGAGUUGGAUAUUUGGGUCUUGAAAAUAUGCAUUAUUUCAUGAA